GGGAUUUCCAUUCUUGCGUGCCCCGCCCCCGCUGCUGAGUGGUGGUACGCUGCCUAUCCACCAGCGGGCAGUCGGGGCGUGGCUGGCGGCGUGUUGCACCGCCUCACGAACAGCGCCCGCCUCGUCCUGCCCAAAACAAGCACACUCCCACGCAGCGGUCCGUUCGCACACGGGAAGGAGUUCUAAGGCAUUCCAUUGUGCAAGAGUAAAUUACGUGCUUCCCGUCACUCAUACUGUGCAGUGGUUUGGAUUCACACAAUUCCAGGACUACAAAGCGUGUACGCCCGAAGGAACUAGUGGCCAUGCCCAGAGCGCUGCGCGUAUCGCGUGAGGCGGGGGCCGGGGGCGUGGCACUGCGGCCGCGGGGCAUGCACGGGGGCAGCAACUCCCCCGCCCACCACCACUCAGAUUCCGUCAAGAUGCUGCGUAGGGGAGGAAGUGGUCUUGUUUAUUAGUGGUAGACAAAGCUUCUGGCGAAUGAAGAAUGUGGAGCUAUCGGGGCAUGAGGCACGCUACUCCCAUUCCUGCACCGACCUCCCCAGCUACAUCUCCCUCUCUACCCCCCGAGACUCCGCCUACAUCGCCUGCAACAGGACACACCUCUCCCGGACGCCCCCAGCCCCCGGACGCCAAACCCCAUCGCCCCCUGACCACGGCCACACACCAACACCCCCUUACCAGCCUUCCCGCCGCCCCUCCUCGACGCCCUCCACCCAGAGUCACUCCCAGAUAACUUCCCAGGCCCUCCUGGCGGCGCUCCGUCGCCCCCUGACCGCCACACGCUCUGCCCCUCGCGCCACCACACCCUUCGGCAGAUGGCGGUGUUACGACAACUCUCCCAGGCACAGCCCCGGACGUGUGAGCCCUGCCGUGCCUGGCGGCGUUGGCAACGGAAGGUUCGGGAUGCGGGGCCACCAGGGUGUAGGGCCACAGAUGUCAUGGUCCCCCGCCCAUCAGGCCCAGCACGCUCCCAUUCGACCACGGGUGUACAGUGAUUGCUACUCGCGGCCCGCACGUCGCUCCCGCAGCUUCCGCAUCAAGCAAUGGAUCCAGGCACGCCAGAGAAGUUCCUCCCAGAACACCCAGCACUCCUACGUCACCGUGGACGAGGCCGACGACGAGGGGCGACCACUGGGGCGACACCUCGACAACAUCUGCGAGGAGACUGACAACGCCUUCCACAAGCUGCAUCUUUUCCGCAGCCGGAAGUCCCGGCGGCGGCUGGGCGCCCUCACCACCCGCCGCCGCAAGCUGUGGCAGUCCGACCGGGGCAUCAGCCCUUCCUCGGAGACCAGCCAGGACAACAUCGAAAAAAACGGGAACCUAGAGGAGCGGCUACUGGAAGCCAGCUCGAGCUGGAGCAACCAGCGCGUGCUGGAGCAUCGUAUGAAUGCCCUCAGAUCAUGCCUCACUGCCAAGAAGGAGCCGCUGUUAGUGCUCAACCUGCUGGAGGCCAACAAGGUCACGGAGGCAGUGGCGUUGGCACGGGAGAGCAAUAAGCAGGUGCGACUGGACGUGUGUUUGCUGUGGGCGUGCCUGCAAGGCGCCACAGACCUGGUGCAGAUGCUCUUGAAGGCCGAGGCCAACGCAGACGCGAAGGACAACUCGGGGUUCACUGCCCUUCACCUGGCGGCCGAGAGGGGUUCCGAGGAGAUGCUGAAGGUGCUGCUGGAGGGUGGUGCCAAAGUUGGGGGCCCCUGGGAGUGGGACGGCAACGAAGAGUUCACGCCACUGAUGUUGGCGGCCCGCAGCGGGUGUGUGGAGGCCGUGCGGCUGCUGGUGGCAGCCGGGGCCAAUGUAGAUGCUGGCCUGAACACAAGUGGGGAGACUGCCCUCCACCAGGCGGUGCGAGCCGCCUCGCCGGACUGCGUACAGCUGUUGAUAGACUCUGAAGCCACCGUGAACCCGACACUGAUGUACAGCGAGACGCCGCUACACAUCGCCGUAAGCGAGGGACUCUCCGAUGUGGUGGGCAUCCUAUUGCAAGCCGGGGCAGACGUCAGGGCCUCGAGGGGCAACUCAAAGAUGACGCCACUGCACAUAGCCGCCCAGGAAGGUUACUGUAGCGUGGCUAACCAGCUGUUGAAGGCUGGCGCCAACCCCAACCAGGAGAACCUGCGGGGACAGACGCCCCUGCACCUGGCGGCCAAGGCUCAGAGCUCCGACACGGUGCAGCUGCUGCUCAGCUUCGGGGCAGACCCCAACGCCCGCGACCGGGACCGCAAGACGCCCCUGCACAGCGGCAUCUUCAAGGGGUCUCGGUCCUAUGAGUGUCUGCGGCUGCUGUUGGUGGCCGGGGCUGAUACCAACGCCGCAGAUCAGUCCGGCCACACACCACUCCACAUGGCGGCGCUGAACGACUCCUCUUACUGCGUCCGACUCUUCCUCGACCACGGCGGCGACGUCACCGCGUGUACUCAGGGUGGCGUGUCAGCCCUCAACCUCAUCCUGCGCCGCACGCCAGCCGUCCUCGCUGACAUCCAAGAGAGCCUCGACGCCUCCAUCUCCUUCACCGACCACGACCACUUCGACAAGGACGCUCAGGUUCAGUUAGACUUCCGGGUGCUGGUGCCGGGCGAGGCUCACGGACAGGAGUGUCGCAUGUUGUCCUGCUUCAUCAAGGAGGGACAGAAGCCGCUCCUGAAGCACCCCUUGUGUGAGACGCUCCUCUUCCUCAAGUGGCUGAGGGUUCGUUCAUUCUUUGUCUUUAACCUAAUCUUCUACGCCCUGCUGGUGGCUCUGCUCACCAUCUACAUCAUGGUGGUGUUCCCGGCCUUCUCCUGCUAUCACCUCAACUCCACUUCCCAGGAUGCCAUAUACGCUCCCUUCCAGUUAUCCCCACUUCCGACUCGCACUCCGAAAACUUCAGACCACACCCAGCCGCCCGCCAGAACAGUGCUAGCGUCGCCUGGGUUUACUCCACAUCUCUCAGGGCCUGAUGUCACCACUCACGGGACACGCACUGUCACAGGGGAGUCGGAUAUGGCGUCCAAGAGGGAGAGGUGUGGGUUGAUAUACGAGUCCGUUCUCAUGUACGUAUUGUACUUCAUCUGGGCCGGCGUGAGUGUGCUGGCGGUGAAGGAAGUGUUCCAGAUCAUGAACGCGCCACGGGCCUAUCUCUCGUGGGACAACGUGUUCGUCUGGCCCAUCAUCGUCUUCACCAUGACCAUCACCAUCACGUCGUACGUGCGCCACGACACCGAGGAAUGGGAGCACCACCUGGCGGCCGUGGUCAUCCUCCUCAGCUGGGUGGAGCUGCUCUUUAUCAUUGGAAGGUUCCCGGCGUUCGGCCUCUACGUUCAAAUGUUUGCCCAAGUCACAAAGAACUUCGGCAAAUUCCUGUUCGCUUACAUCUGCCUGAUCAACGCCUUCUCGCUGAGCUUCGGCGUGCUGUUUCCCAACCACGAGCCCUUCAGGAUGACUGGCCUCAGGCUACUCAAGACGCUGGUCAUGAUGACGGGCGAAAUCGAGUACGACGAGUGGUUUUUUGACGAGACCAUUAUGUACCCCACCACCUCGUACAUCAUCUUCGGUGUGUUCCUCAUUUUCGUCACCAUCAUACUUAUGAACCUACUGGUGGGCCUGGCCGUGUCGGACAUCCAGGGACUCCUUAAAUCCGUAGGACUGGACCGGCUGGUGCGCCAGACCCAGCUGGUGGCCCACUUCGAGGCCUUUAUGUUCUCCAAGUGGAUCGCGUGGGCAGUACCAAGGGGCGUCCUGCACCUACUGCACCAGAGAGUCCUUCUCUUCCCAUGCCUUUACGGCUGGACGCUCAUCCUCACGCCCAAGACGCUACGGGACACGGGCCUGCCACAGGAGUUGGUGGAGGUGAUCAUCCACACCGCUCGCGCCCGUGACCACAUCUCGCGUCGCAGAAACGCCUUCGCCAACUUCCGCACACUGAGCAAGACGGCGCAGUACUCCAGCACUGAGGGGGACGUGCAGCGCAGCGUUGAAGCCCUGCGCUUUGGCCUUGACCUGCUGGUGUGGGACGUGGACGAGAGGCGCAGCGACACCGUCUACCUGAAGGAGGCGCUGGCGGCUCUGACGGAGGAAGUGGCUCACAUAGGGCAGUGCAUGGAGGACAUGACGGUGGGGGAGAAGCAGGAGGUGGGGGACCCCAGUGUGUACGUCUCCUGCCCCAACACGCCGAAUGUCUCGCCCCGCAGCACCCCGCCCUCCAUGCACUAGGAGUGGCUGGCGGAUGCACUUGUAUACUCUUCCUCCAGCCUCUGGUUGUUCAAGGACAUCAUAUGUAGGUGGUGUAUGCAUAGCAGAAUACUGUAAUUUGUGGUGUAGCUGAUCAAGCAGUCAUUGUGGUAGCGAGUAAACCCAUCCAACCAUGCAGUCCGUGAUGAUUGGCGGCGCUUUGAACAGAGAUCACGGCGUCGCAAAGGAUGGGCAUCAGGGUUAAUUAUUUGUCUCAGUUUACCAGAGAAUGAGCGAUGCACUGUUGGUAGCAGGACCCUCUUCUUCACAUGCUGAGCUUCAUUUGGCUAAUAACGGAUCAGUAUAUUAACUCUAUUAUGUCUGGAUCCUCUCGCGCCCAGUAUUCUGGCACAACCAAGACAGCGAGUUUGUUGCGCUCUCACCCUUCCUUUGUGCCCUCUUCCCCGGGACGCAAGGUCAGGUGGUUUAUUAUUUUGCUAAUUUAAAAGCUAAAGAGAAAAAAAUUAUGUAUAAUAAAGAUAUAUAUUAUG